UAUAAUUAAUCCUAAUUAAUUAGAAUGUGAGGAAUGUUAUGCUCCUUCACAGACUUCGACUCUCACAUGCCAUAGCCAGUAAGAUGGUGCAGGAGUGUUCAUCCAAGAGACCAUGUGUUCGUAUAGGAACUCACAACGGCACAUUUCACUGUGACGAAGCACUGGCGUGUUUUAUGUUGAAACAGCUGCCAGAGUAUAAAGAUGCAACUAUAGUACGAACAAGAGACGCGGCACAGUUAUCAGAAUGUGAUAUUGUGGUCGAUGUUGGUGGAGUAUACGAUCCUUCAACUCAUAAAUACGAUCAUCAUCAGAGGACGUUUACGGGAACCAUGGCGAAUCUAACAGAUGGUAAAAUGAAUUUCAACACCAAGCUCAGUUCUGCAGGAUUGAUUUAUUUGCAUUUUGGACGCAGGCUACUGGAUCAGUUGAUGCCAGAUUCUAGUCAAGAUCACAAGGAUAUAGUUUACAAACGACUGUACGAGUACUUUAUGGAAGAGAUAGAUGCAGUGGACAAUGGAAUAAACGCAACAGAAGAGAAGCCUAAGUAUCACAUAACCACCACUUUAGGGGGCCGAGUCCGUAAUCUCAACCCGGCCUGGAACGACACUAUUCAAGAUUUUGAUGGCCAGUUUGAGAAAGCGACCGAGAUGGUUGGUGGUGAACUUGUUAACCGUGUAGACGGGAUGGUUAAAAGAUGGCUCCCGGCUCAAGAUAUCAUCAGGAAAGCUUUCAACAAGAGACAUGAGGUUCAUAGCUCCGGGCAACUCGUCAAGUUCGAACAAGGGGGUUGUCCGUGGAAAGAGCACCUUUACCAGCUUGAAAAAGAGACUGGUUGUGAAGGAGAGGUUAAGUACGUGCUAUACGCUGACUCUAAUGGAGCGUGGCGUGUACAGACAGUUGGGGUUAAAGGAGAGGGGUUCAAGAGCAGGAAACCAUUACCCGAGAGUUGGCAAGGUGUCAGGGAUGAGAAGCUGUCCGAGCUGACUGGAAUUCCUCAGUGUAUAUUCGUGCACGCAACAGGGUUUAUAGGUGGAAAUAAGACAGAGCAAGGAGCGAUGGAGAUGGCUCGACAAGCUCUUGAGAUGAAAUAAAUGGAACUUGAGAUCUCAUUAAGUUAUUUGUUAAAUUGUUUAAGUUAGUUAAAGGUUUCCGUUGCACGGUGCACGGGACCGGUUUCAAAUGUUUUUAUUUGCAGGUUUAACAUCGUUUUUAUCCAUAUCUUUACUUUCUAUAGAUUCUUUUAAUCGAAUUUUAGCGAUGUCCCCUUCUCAUGAAGCGGGAAUUUAUUAACUUUUUAAGUCCUAAUUGGUUAUGUUUGAAACUAUUAUUUCACAAUGUCAUGGCUUUACAUUUAUCAAGAUUGUUUCAGAAAUGUCAAGAUUGCUGCAAAUAUAACAACUAUGCGGUUGACGGUUUAUGUUAUGUUACAUUUGUUUGCUUUUAAUGAUAUUUGACGAA